GGACACAGCAGGCGAAAGAGGAGAGCGCCAGGGCAAAGGCCAGGUUGUCUUUCUGGAGAGAUACCUGAAAGGAGGAGUGACUGGGGUCCACAGGGUCAUGGGUUUAAAGAGUAAAUUGUCUAUAUGGGAAGUGUAAUGUCAAAAGAAGGGGCUCCAUUGGGUAUGGAAGGUUAGUUCAAUGAAGGAAACAUAAGGUAGCGUAUGCAUAUACAUGGGAAGUAUUAAGUGCAGCAAGGCCCUGUUAAGAGCCAAGCAAAAUCUGGCCACCCAGCUGCAUUCACAGUAAGGCUCUGUGCCACACUGAAGUUUUGCUCCACCUCUACCAGGAAAUAAAUUCAUCUGGGGAAUUUCUGGCUAACCCACACAGGAUACAUCAGAAAGAGAAAACAAGCUCUCUGCACGAGCUCAAGUUGCCAUAAGCUUGUCCACGAUUCACAUCUGAGGUUCAUCAGCAAGAUUCAGAUCUGGUAAUUAGCUUUCCUAGCCUUUCUGUAAUCAUAGCAGUCAUCACAUCUGAAGUUCAUAUUUUUCAGCAGGAUUCAGAUCUGAAGGCAAAAUGGCUGCUGAAUCAAUCAUCCGGAUCCCACCAUACUAUUACACCCAUGUCUUGGACCAGAACUCGAAUGUAACUCGGGUGGAAAUAGGACCCAAGACUUAUAUCCGCCAGGACAAUGAAAGGAUCAUAUUUCCCCCAGUGAAGAUGGUGAUGGUCCCCCCACGCCAUUAUUGUAUCAUCCACAAUCCAGUCAUCCGGGGGGCAGAUGGCACCAUCCAGCUUGAUGUUUUGGGGCAGGUGCGGCUCAGACAUGCUGACCUAGAGAUCCGUCUGACUCAGGACCCCUUUCCUUUGUAUCCAGGAGAGGAGCUAAAGCAGGGCAUUACUCCUUUGCAGGUUGUCUUAGCUAACACUGCACUCCACCUGAAAGCACUCUUAGACUUUGAGGAUGACAAGGGAGGCAAAUAUGUCACUGGAGAUGAAUGGCUGUUUGAAGGGCCUGGCACCUACAUCCCACAAAAGGAGGUAGAGGUGGUGGAGACCAUCCAGGCCACCACCAUUCGGCCCAACCAAGCCAUAAGACUGCAGGCACGGAAAGAAUGCAAGGACAGAGAAGGGAAUAAACGUGUGACAGGUGAGGAGUGGUUAGUGAAACGGGUUGGUGCUUACCUGCCUGGGGUUUUCGAAGAAGUAGUAGCUACUGAAGAUGCUUUCAUCCUGACUGAAAAAAAAGCGCUCCAUCUUCGGGCCACAAAGACUUUCCAGGACUUCCAGGGUAUUGUCAGGAAGACUGGGGAAGAAUGGCUGGUCACCAUGGCUGAUACUGAGGCCCACAUCCCUGAUGUUUAUGAGGAAGUGGUGUGUGAGGUUAAUAUCACCACUCUGAACAGUCACCAAUACUGUGUGAUUUGUGAUCCGGUGGAUGCUGAUGGCAAACCCCAGCUCGGGCAGAAGAAGGUGGUCAAGGGGGAGGUUUCAUUCUUCCUGAGGCCUGGAGAGUGGCUGGAACAAGGCAUCCGAGAUGUUUACAUCCUUUCAGAAGAAGAAGGUCUUCUGCUGCGGGCACUCUGCCUCUUGGAAGAUGUGAAUGAGGAUGAUGAAAAAGUGUUACGCAAGCCAGGCGACCGUUGGUUGAUCCGGGGACCCUUGGAGUAUGUGCCGCCAACGGAGGUGGAAGUCCUGGAGCAGCGCCAUUCCAUCCCACUAGCAGAGAAUGAGGGCAUCUAUGUGCGGGAUAUCAAGUCUGGCAAGGUCCGGGCUGUUAUUGGCCAUACUUACAUGCUGUCCCAGGAUGAGGAGUUGUGGGAGAAGGAUCUACCCUCCCAUGUGGAGGGCUUGUUGACCUCAGAAAGGAAUCCUGUGGUCGAUCGUUCCAGAGAUGCAACAGAUGGGAGCAACCCAGUUUACCGUGACAAGACACGGGCUGUCUCCUACCGAGUGCCACACAAUGCAGCUGUGCAGGUGUAUGACUACAAAGAGCGUAAAUCCAGGGUGGUUUUUGGGCCAGAGCUGGUGCUUCUGGGGCCAGAUGAGCAGUUCACAGUCCUGAGUCUGUCGGGGGGCCGUCCCAAGCGCCCCCAUGCCCGCCGUGCCCUCUGCCUCCUCCUAGGGCCCGACUUCUGCACCGACAUUAUCACUAUUGAAACAGCCGAUCAUGCCCGUUUGCAACUCCAGCUGGCCUACAACUGGCACUUUGAGAUACCUGCUGCUGCUGAAGCAUCUCGCCUGUUUAGUGUCCCAGAUUUUGUAGGUGAUGCCUGCAAAACAUUAGCCUCUCGCAUCCGUGGGGCUGUGGCUGCCGUCACAUUUGAUGACUUCCAUAAGAACUCAAACCGCCUGAUUUGUGCCGCUGUGUUCGGAUUUGAUGGGGAAGGGGCCCUGCGCAAUUCCUUACGCUUUGCCCCCAAUGGCCUCGUCAUCAGCAGCAUCGACAUCCAGAGUGUGGAACCCGUGGACCAGAGAACCCGAGACUCCCUCCAGCGCAGUGUGCAGCUUGCCAUUGAGAUCACCACCAAUUCACAGGAGGCAGCAGCCAGGCAUGAGGCAGAGAGGUUGGAGCAAGAGGCUAGAGGACGUCUGGAACGGCAGAAAAUCCUCGACCAGGCUGAGGCUGAAAAGGCCCGGAAGGACCUGCUGGAACUGGAAGCACUCAGCACGGCAGUGGAGAGUACUGGGGCAGCUAAAGCUGAGGCCCAGUCGCGAGCGGAAGCAGCCCGGAUUGAAGGCGAAGGGGCAGUCCUGCAGGCCAAACUGAAGGCAGAAGCAACUGCUAUAGAGACUGAAUCUGAGCUGCAGCGCUUGGCCCAAGCACGGGAACAGGAACUGCGCUUUUCCAAGGCUCAGGCUGACUUGGAUGUGGCCCGGGCUGAAGCACUGGCUGCCGUCGAAGUGAGGAAAUUUGAAGCUGUGAUCAAGUCCCUGGGAGCCAACACAAUCCGGGACAUUGCAGUGGCCGGGCCUGAGAUGCAGGCAAAACUACUCCAAGGCCUGGGCAUCCAAUCCACACUUAUCACAGAUGGUUCCUCCCCUAUCAACCUCUUCACAGCUGCAGGAGGGCUGCUGGGCAUUAUGCCCAAACCUUCAGAGGCCUGAAAGAGACCGGAGAUUGGAGGGAAUGCUUUCCAGCUGAAUCUUCUUCAAGUGCCUUAGGAGUUUAUCACAUGGGAUGGAUCCCAUUCAGAAACUGAAUUUAAACUACGGUAGAAAAAACCCAUAGAAGUGGGUAGAUUUUCAAAUGACGUUUGUGUGAAGGAGAAAUAACACAACAUUAACCCGAAUGGAAAGUCACCAAAAUCCACUCCUUUUUACUUUCAGAAAGUUUUACUUUCAAACAAAAACGUCUGAAAAACAAUGCACUUUUUGCAGUCUUUUUUUUUUCAUACUUUUAAAUACCGUUUCUGCACGGGAUUUACGUAAUUUGCCUCCAUGUGAUAAACUCCUUAGAGAUGACAAGCAGGGGCAGGCCAAGCCUUCCCCCUCUUGUCUGGGUCUCUUCUGAAAAGUGUGCCUUUUUGACAUGAAAAAGAAAACAUAUAAUAAACCUGAUUCCAUGCAG